AGAGAGAGAGCCGUGUGAUGAUCGCAGUAAGGUGGAUGAGCGCGUGUGCUGGUCGCAAGGAGGAUAGAGCGGGGCGCGUGAUGCUGCUGACACAUUCCUGAAAGAUGUGCAAAAUGGCGCAAGUGUGCUGGAGUGCAGAAAGCCAGAGACUGUAGUUUGGAUAAAUAUAAUCUGAACACUGCUUCCCUGUCUCUCUCGCGUUCACGUUCUUCUUUGCAUCUCGACUGAAUUUCAAUGUGAUUAAAUGGCUACCCGACGGCGCCCCCAGGCUCCAGGCUUACUCGCAAUACUCCUGUUCGCUUUUGUCGGUAUGAUAUCCGGGGCUGAGCUGUCAUUUACCCUUGAACCCAGUGACAUCAUUGCCGUACAGGAACAACCUCUGAUGCUACACUGUCAGGUGGAGGGAAUUCCACCAAUCACCACGCAGUGGAGGCGCAACGGAGCGCCGGUUUUGGAGGACCAAAACUAUGUCAUGUUUGCUAAUGGCUCGCUUCUGAUUGGUCACUUCCAGAAGACCAAGUUUGACGGCUCGUCUGAUGAGGGAGAUUAUGAGUGCAUGGCCCAGAAUUUCUUUGGACUGGUCUUGAGCCGCAAAGCCAGAGUGCAGGCUGCAACAAUGGCAGAUUUUCAUGUGCAGCCACUUUCAGUCCGUGCAGAGUUGGGAGGCGUUGGCCGGUUUCAGUGCCAAAUCCAUGGCUUGCCUGAGCCAGUUAUCAGCUGGGAAAAAGACGGUCGGGCUGUGGACACCUCUGAUGACAGAUAUACUCUGUUGCCCACUGGCGUGUUGCAGAUAACGGGUGUACGCCCCGAGGACAAUGGGGUGUAUUGCUGUGUUGCCCACAACAGUGCAGGUGUCAAACACAGCGUUGGAGCGCAGCUUACAGUCUCAGACUCCCAAUCAUCUGUUUACAAAGAACCCAUGAUCCUCGUGGGUCCUGAAAACCUGACCCUAACUGUUCACCAGACCGCCAUCUUGGAGUGCAUCGCCACGGGUUACCCUCGCCCAAUCGUUUCAUGGAGUAGACUUGAUGGCCGUCCAAUAGGAGUCGAGGGUAUUCAGGUGCUGGGAACAGGAAACUUGAUGAUCUCUGAUGUCAGAGUUCAGCAUUCUGGUGUCUAUGUGUGUGCAGCCAACAAACCGGGAACCCGUGUACGCAGAACUGCUCAGGGACGGCUAGUUGUGCAAGCGCCAGCAGAGUUUGUACAGGCCCCUCAGUCCAUUGCUCGCCCGGUGGGCACCACUGCCAUCUUCACAUGCUUGGCCCAGGGUGAGCCUGUCCCCCAAAUCACCUGGCUAAAAAACGGACAGAUCCUAGAGCCUGAUGGCCAUGUUAAACUCAGGAAUAACAACAGUUCCUUGACUAUCUAUGGUGUAACCCCGGAGGACGAGGCAAUAUAUCAGUGUAUUGCUGAAAACAGUGCAGGCUCCACACAAGCCAGUGCACGUCUCACUGUGCUUUGGGCAGACGGGUUGCCAGGUGUGCCCACAGACAUACAUGCAGACGCCCUUUCUCCAACCACUAUUCAGGUGUCAUGGAAGGAGCCCACCAAAAACACUCAGGACAUUAUUGGAUAUGUGCUCCAUAUCCGCAAGACUGCUGACCCAGUGGAGAUGGAGUACCAGGAGGCCGUGAGUAAAACGACCCUGCAGCAAGUAAUCGGAGAUCUGGAACCUUCCACCAGCUACAGCUUCUACGUGAAGGCGUACACGUCUCGAGGAGCCAGCAAAGCCUCUGAGACCGCUGUGGAGAGCACCAUGGGAGAAGUUCCUGCCCCGCCAGCCUUGUUCACUAAGGUGAUUAAUUUAACGGUGAUUCAGGCCACAUGGGAGCCCUCCGCUAAGAUGGGCCAGCAGGAAGGCUUCAUCCUCUACUACCGUAGGGUCUCCGUACCUCUCUUCACCGGACCCCUCACCUUCCCACGAAACGUGACCCAGUACAACAUCACUCAACUGGAUCCAUCUUUUAUUUAUGAAAUUAAGAUUCUUGCUUUUAACCAGCACGGAGAAGGAAAUGCCACUCUGCGUUUUGUGUCUCUGAAGGAGUCAAUGGAGAAAUCAGUGCAAAAUACUCCUUGUGACUGUGUAAAGGAUGAACAAAGUAAGAGCUCAACCACGGGCAUCAUCAUUGGCAUCCAUAUUGGAGUCACCUGCAUCAUCUUCUGUCUCCUCUUCCUCAUGUUUAGCUACAGAGGCAGGUUGGCAAUGUGUAAAACUGUUCAGGCCACCCGACAGGUGGGCCGUAACCCUGCAGCGGGAGUUGUGCUUGAGUCCUCCUCUUCCUCACAAGGAGCCCUGGCCCUGAACGGAGGACCCCAUACCGCUAAGAACUGUACAGACUCCAAUGAGAUGGAGAGGCUCUUCUCAGGAUCGCCCCACUUCUCCCAUCCACCUGACGCCACCCACACGAUUGAGAGCUCUCUGGUCUCUUGUUCAUUCAAUCAUACUCAGAUGUCCACACUUCCUCUGGAUGACUUCAGUCUUAUGGAGGAGUGUGAGGUGCAGUUCCCACAGCAUCCAGUAGAGGGAUGCCAACAGGAUGAGGGCAGAUGAAGAAAUGUAGGCCAUGACAUCCUCCACUCAGACUCUUGUCCAACUCAGGUCAACUAAAGUAAUCACCUUUCUUAGUUCUGUUUUUAUCAGGCGAAUAUAAUUUUAUUUGAAAGUUACGUUCCCUUUGCGGGAAUCACUGGACUGUAUAAUGCUGGGGUACUUCUGGCCUCAUGGUGGGUGAGGUUUUGUGACGGACAUGUUUGUUAGGCAAACAAAAUCUCUAUUUCGGUUUGAGUUUUAACACAUUCAAUGAUUUGCCACCAACUAUCAGCCUACCAAUAGUUUCGCAAGCCCAUCCAUUGGAGACAGAGACCUUCUACCAGACUGUUCUCAGGAUUUUUCUUUUCAGUGAUAUAUAUGUUUUUUAAUUAAGUGUUAGCCUUCAUGAAGACUUUAGAGUUGGCUAUGUGAACCUUAGGAUUUGAAACAAACAAAAAAACCCUACCUCAGCUGGAAUGAAUGUGUUGUAGGAAGUCUCUGAGAUCUGCAUCUUGUCGUCUGUUCUGUUUCUAUUCACAUCAAGUGUACAGUCGAAAAGAAAGGUGCUUCUCUACCUCAGAUUUCAAGGACCGCCGUUCUCCUGCUCACUGAAGCAAAACAAGAAAAAUAAUCCAACGUAUAGCACUUCCAAAUGUUACCGUUAAUGUUCUACCUCAAAAUAACAAUGUUGUUAUUGUCAUUGUGGUUCUUUUCUCAUAUUGAAACAUAGCUUCUGUUUGUGAGAUCCUGGCUUCACUAUGUCGAUGAAUAGCUGUGUUUUGAUAUGUCAGUACCUCAUGCCAAUUGACAGAUGACAUUGUUGUAUGAAUUUUGCCUGUAAAGUGUUUUUAUAUUGUCCUAGUAUUCGUGUAGGUUUGUAUUUUGUUCCUGAUCAGAGUAUUUUUUAUUUUCAUCAUAGUCGACUCGGUUAAAUUGGAAAGACUUUUUAAGAUAAACUGCACUGUUAUUAAUGACUUCAGGAGAAAAAGUUGUAAGAAGAUUGAUAACCGUACUGCAACGCUGGACAACGCUAUACGAAUAUACUGUACUUUCAUGAUUAAAAGUGUGAGUGUAUGCGCAUAUAAAACCUAUUCUGUUGAGAAUUAAGCACAUAUUGUGUUUCUGAGGGAGCUGAUGUUAGUAAGCAUUGACAAACAUCGAAACCAUCCGAUACUCGCCCUAUGCCACUGUCAAUACACAUAGUCACAUAUACCAAGAAUGGAGAUCAAAUAAGCGUGGGUUCUUGCAAAUGCAGAAGUUGUGAAUGGUUCCUUAGCUCCAGCAUUCUCAGAAACUAAACCGAUUGUUGUGCAGACUCUGCUGCAUGUUAUGAAUGAAAUAAAACGGCCAAGAAACUUAAAAGACUCGCUAUGGAUGAGCUGGGCAUUAUAGGCUUCUUUGAGAAGUUAACAUUCCUUUAGGAGCCAAAGUCAGACACUGAAGAUACUUCUGUGUGGAGUUUCAUCAUCUUUUCAAUAUAUAUUCAUCAUCACAGGCCCCUCUUCCAUAUCUUUAGUGCCACAUUGAUCAGGGAGCACAAAGUGCGUCAGACAUACAGUACUGUAAUGUAUGCACAUAACCACACAUACAUCUGUUAGCAGAAUACAAGUAGUGGGCGAUGUCUGAGCUGGUCUUGUCAUCUCUUUAUCACUCACACACACACACAGUAUAUGUCCUGCUUUUGAAUCACUUUUCAACUGCUGUUCACUGUGUGCUCAGCCAUCCAAUUCAGGACCAGCACUUUCAUCUCGAAACUACCAGCGAGAUGUUCUGUCUCUUCUGAUGUGUCGAAGGCGUAUAUAUAUUUUUUUAGUAACCUACCUCAACACGGCAGCCAUGCUCUCAGGUCGCUCCUACUCUGAUUGGGGAGAUUGUAUUUUUUGUAUAGUACACACACACACAUACAUACACAUAAUGUACAUACAGUACACACAUCAGUGGAAAACAUGUCAUUGGGGCCCUUAAGCAUCAGUAAACAAACAUUCAUUAGCUACUGUACUCAUAUGCUUUGCUUUUGUGAUUCAUUUUUGUUCUCAUGCAUCUUGUUUUUGUAUGAGGUGGUUUCCCGGACAGGGUUUAGACUAAUCCAGGACUAGGUCUUAGUUGUAUUAAGACAUUUAAGUAGAUUUUACAAACAAACCUUACAAAAAACAAUACUGGUGGGCAUAUUGAGACAAACUGUGGCACUGGUUUAUGUUAAGAUAUUUCAGUACAUUUCAGGUGUUUUUUAAAGGAAAACAGCACCGUUUUUUAAUAUUUUACUAGGUUCUUACCUCAACUUAUACAAAUUAAUACAUCCCUCUCUUUUUUCAAUCCGUGCACUUAAUCUUUGUACAGCGCGUCAUGAAUGUGUUAGCAUUUAGCCUAGCCCCAUUCAUUCCUUAGGAUCCAAACAGGGAUGAAUUUAGAAGCCACCAAACACUUCCAUGUUUUCCCCUAUUUUAAGACUGUUACAUGACUAGUUACACAAAUAAAUAUGGUGGCACAAAAUAAAACUGCGAUUUUUUUAAGCAGAUAAAAAAUGAGAACUAUAUUGUAUGGCGGAAGAGCACUUAGUUUGCAACACUUUGACCUCGGCGGGCAGUAACAUCAUUACUCCUAACUAAAGCUGUAACGAUUAAAAAUCUGAAAUCUGUCUGAAAUCGAUUCUGAAUCGCAAGGCUGCGAUUCUGUGUUUCAUUCACAGCUUGUACUACGGCAUUUGGUCAGUAGGAAGUCCUUAUCAAUCUUAAAUCAUUAUGAGUCGGAGUCGUUUAUAACGUGCAUUUAAAAAAGCAACACUCGUUAAACAAAAUCAUUCAACAUAUUUUUAUUAUCAUGAAAAUACCUGAAACAAUUUGAAGGAUAGCGAUAUAAAUAUUCCUGUAGGCAUUUCCUGGAAUAGCGUUUGUAAUGCUACUUGUUUAGUGGCACAAAGGGAGUUUCUGCACGAGAGCGCCCCCUGGCUUUGGGAUGUCCUGGGAUUUCACCGUAAUUCAUUCAAAUCCAUUCAUUGAGAAAACAA